AUGGCUCGUGGGGGGAGCCAAGCCCCGCGAAUUGGACUACUCUUCAGUCGGAACGCAAGGAAGGAAGGAAAGCGCGACGAACAUGGAAUGGAAGAUGUGGACGGGCUUUUUUCGUCCCCUGAGAAAUCAUCUGCAGACUUGAAUGGCUAUGAGAGCGAAGAUUCAAUUGGAUCUGAUGGAAUGUCCAUAGACGAGGGCAAUGCGCCCGAACCUCAAGACUAUCUCAACGGCAACAGCGUUUCGCGGUCUUCCUUGUUACCUUCAACCGAUCGCUUCCCCAAGGGUCGCUCUCAAUUAACUCGACGAUCCCCUGUUGUACACUCCAGUCCGGAACCAGAGGGCGACUUAUUAUCUAGUCCUUCCGAUGACAGAGAAUUGACCCGAAGUUCGCGCCAGGAACCAUCACCAUUAACAGCUCGAUCAAUCAAUGCAGGCGUCUCCAAGCAGAAGAGCGCUCAGCGGACAAAGGUGCAAGAAGAGCCUACUACUUUGCCGGAAUUCUCGGAUGGAGAAGGCGAUGAAAAUGCGAAUUCGUUCCUACCGGGAGAUGAUCAGGAUGACAGCUUUGGUGCCGGCGAAGAGACUGUAAUGCACGACGAGGAUGUUCCCGAAACGAAUGGCCAGGACCAGAGUGAUGCAGAGAGUGAUUUGUCUCAGUCAACAGAGCUGGAGCCGGAGCCGGAGCCAGCACCAGCGCCUCAAGCAUCUAGCUCGAAGACAAAGAAGGGUCCCGCAAAGACUCAAAAGUCGGAAAAGCCAGCCAAGGGUCGUCCUGGAAAGAAACCACGCACUCAAGAUGAGGAGGAGGUGGAGGCUAGGCCACCCAAGAAGCAAAAGACCUCCAAGGCUCAGCCUGUGGAGCAAGAACCCUUGGAUCCAGAACUGAACAAAGUGGUUGAAGAUUAUGCUCAGCGUUCGGGUCCAUUGAAAGGCCGCAGCUUGUACAUUCUCAAGAGAGAGAAUCCCGCAGAUCCAAGCUCUACGCACACUCGCUCAGGGCGUGCAUCGAUCCGACCGCUGGCUUACUGGCGUAAUGAACGGUGUGUCUACGGUGAUCCAGAAGUGGCAGACGGUGAGCGCUAUCCAUUGUCUACCAUUAAGGAGAUUGUUCGCACAGAGGAGCUUGAGCCGGAUCGCAAGAAGAAAGGCAAGCGUGCGGCCCGACCUGGAAAGGGCAAGAAACGACGGGCCGAGGAAUCUUCAGACGAGGAUGAAGAAGCCGAUGGAUGGGAGAAAGAGGGUGGAGUUCUUCAUGGGUAUAUCCCGAGAUGGGAUCCCAAGUCUCAGACCAGUACUAAGGAGGAGGAUGUCAUUGACAUUGCAUACGCCCCCUCCGGUAUCGAGACGAGAGAAGUCAAGGAUUCCACAUUCCGGUUUGCAAAGUUGCUCAGCUCUUCCUUUAUCGGGUCUGGAGUUGUGGAGCUCCCUCCAGAGGGAGUCAAGAGACCUAAGAAUUCGAAGAAGAUGCACAUGGUGUUUUAUGUGUGUCAUGGUCGUGUGCAGGUUGAUAUCUCGGGAGUGCAGUUUAGUGCAGGCAAAGGCUGUGUCUUUCAAGUUCCGCGAGGUAGGUCAAAAUCUACGACCCUAAAAUUGUGGUCUCCAACUGACAAGUAUAUUACAGGCAAUUACUAUAGCUUCCAGAAUGCUCACAAGAAAGAAGCUCGACUAUUCUUCACGCAAGGGUGUGUACCCGGCGAGGGCGAAGAAAUUGCAACCAAAUCCAAGCCUGCCGUACAAGACAGCGAGUUUGAAGGCGAGGGUGAAGCCGAGUCCGAAGAGAGUAGCUCCAAAGCAACCAAGGCUCGUGGUCGACCAAAGGGCAAGCAGAAGGCCAAAUGA